AUGCAAAAAUGUACGAUCAGGUCCAUUGCAAAAGAGACAACCUCUAGGAUUAGUGGAUGUAUCAGUGCUCAUGAAAGGGAAUCAAAAGGUGAGAAAACAAGCAGUUCAUUCGUCAACCGCAUGCAAUAUGGAACCGGGAAGGUGUGGUUGAGACAAGCAUGGAAACCCUACGCUAUUGUUGUGUUCUCCAACACGUGUAUUUUGGAGAACAUAAAUCAUAAGGAGAAGGAGAAAAUUACAAAUGGAAGCUACGGGGAAGGAGCAGAGUACAAAGACAGAGUUUCAUACAGUAAACAACUAACCGACUCUGAAGCAGCUUCAUUCACGAGCAUCUCUUACAUAGAUGGAGACAAGUGGCUUAAUCAAACUGACCUACCUCUCCACGGUUAA